AUGUCUUUGAGGCGCACUUGCCGAGAGCUCGUGCUCGAGGUAAUUCUUCGCCGAGCUCUGAAGGCUGGAGGAGAUGGCCUCGACCGACUCCAGAUGGUUGUGGAUGCUGCAGCACUUCGGGUGCUCAACUCCUUCCUUCGAAUGGCCGACCUGCACUCAGAGGGCGUCACCAGCGUCGAGCUGCUCGAGGAGUCCCGCGAGCCGCUGCCUGGACUGGAUGCUCUGUACUUCCUGAGGCCUCAAGCAUCAAGCAUCGAGCGGGUCCUGGCAGACUUCAAGACUGCCCCGCAGCACCGUCAGGUGCACCUGUGCUUCUCACAGCCCUUGGACUCGGCGCUUCUCUCGAAGCUUGUUGAGGCCCCCGUUCUGGCACCGCGCGUAAAGUCUUUUGUCGAAGCGCCCCUGAGCUUUGUGGUUGUACAGGAUCGAGGUUUCCACUUCGACACUCCCGAGGCGAUCACGGGCCUUUUCCCAGUGCCUGAUCUGCAGCUUUUGUCAGACACUGUGCAGAAGCUGGUGGACGUGUGCCGGUGCUUGCAGGCCACCUCGCCAGUCAUCCGUUUUCAAUCUGAGUUAUGCCAGGAUGUGGCAGAAAGAGUUCAGCGCGAACUGGGCAUGCAGAAGAGCUUGACUACGCAGUCCCACAGUCAGCCUUGCCAGCUGCUCAUUCUUGACCGCUCCAUCGACAUGGCAGCGGCGCUAGUUCACGAAUACUCCUACGAGGCAUGCGUCUUUGAUCUGCUUGACGGCAACAUGCUGGAUGCAGAUCGGAACAUUGUGACUCUGAACAGCGGAGGACACAGCAAGGAGGUGCUGUUGGCGGACCCCUUGUGGGAGGAGCUUAAGUACAUGCACCUGGAGGCAGCAAGAGAGCUCGUGGAGGUUAAGGUGGAUGAAGUGAAGCGACAGAAUGUGCAGCAGGAUGCCACGGCUAUCAGUACACGCGCGAUGCUGGAUCAACUACGCGCAGCUCCUGAGAUGCGUGAUGCGGUCGAUCGCAUGGCACUCCAUUUGGCAAUGAUUACGCAGAUCCACAGCCGCCUCAACACAGAGCAGAUCCUGGAGCCUCUGCACCUGGGCCUGCUGGAGCAGGACAUUGCCUGUGGAAUCGACCGCUCGGGCAAGGAUGUGAAGAUCACAAACCUGCAGACAACCUUGCAGAGGAUUCUCACUGACCGACCGGAGUUGUCCAGCGAGAUGAAGCUUCGCUUGCUGAUGCUUUUCUUUGCCUGCGUGGCGAACGUGCCUGAGGCCAGUCGAUCGAAGCUGCUGGACGUCGCGCAGCUUGGAGCGGAUGACCAGCAGGCCUUGAUGAACAUGCUUCGUACUCGCCUGAUGGAGGUACCAGAGUCGCAGCGGCACAAGCAUGCCAGCGGUUGCUCACACCGAGUCACAAAGCAGCAGGCAGCUAGGUUCAAGAAGAACGCGCUUGCUGAGGGGCGUUUCGAGCUCUCUCGGUUUGAGCCACGCCUGAAGGACAUCCUGGAGCAGCUGGUGGAAGAUCGGCUCAGCUUGGAGGAGUUUCCAGUGCUCCAAAGCACGGCGGAUGACUUUGGCCUGCGGGAAGCCGGCACAGCAACUGCCGAGCCUUUGGGAGCUCCAGUGAUCCAGGCCAAAGAUGACUGGUCCUUUGCUACAGUUUCAGGUACACUUGAAAGCGAGCAUGCGCAAGUGUCUCAUCGGAUUCUGGUGUUCGUGAUCGGUGGCUUCACCCUCUCGGAACUCAGAGCCGCGGCAGAGGUGGAGCAGAAGAUGCCUCGGGGCACGGAGGUGAUAAUCGGGGGCACGUCGCUGCUGACCCCAAAGAGGCUUAUUCGGACUUUGAGGCCGCACAGCGACGCGGAUCCAGUGCCCGGCGGAUCUGGGAGCGGCGAGAUGCCCGACCUGACAUGA